GUGAACUGUUAUAUGACUUGCUGAGCUCACCAAGUUAAAAUUGAUAGAUGGACAUUGAGGAUUUAAGUUGCAUAAAUCAUUCACCAAAUACCAUGCAACCUGUAUAUCCUCUUGGGAAGGCCCAGAUGAAAACCAGGUUUCCUUCAAGUAAGAUGGUACCUUUCCACUUUCCUCCAUCCAAGUUAGCCCUUUGGAACCCAACACCAAUUGGAGAUUUUGUCUGUUUGCAUCUUAAUUACUACAGAAAUCCAAAACUUAUGGUGACUGAAAAGAUCAUUCGACUUGCUUAUCGUCAUGCUAAGCAGAAUAAAAAAAAUACGCCGUGCUUUUUAAUUGGUUCUUUCAUAGUGGAUGAAGAUGAAGAAGGUGUGACAUUGGCAGUAGAUCGCUUUGAUCCUGGGCGAGAAGUACCUGAAUGCUUAGAAAGAACUCCUACUGCUUCUCUUCCUGGGGACUUUUUGGUCAACUGCAAAGUUCGUACUCAAGGACUUUGUUCAAGAGAAGUAGCAGUUCACAAUGCAGAUGACUUCAGUUCAGCUUUUAAGGUUAAAAGUCCUCUGUUAAGAGUUAAGUAUCUUACCAUGGAUGAAACCCGAAAAUUGUUACUUUUACUGGAUUCAGAUCCCAAGGUUUGUUCUCUACCAUUAGUGGGAAUUUGGCUGUCUGGAAUUAUACACAUCUAUAGUCCUCAGGUAUGGGCUUGCUGUUUGAGAUAUGUAUUCAAUUCUUCUAUUCAAGAAAGGGUUUUUUCAGAAUCUGGACAUUUCGUCAUAGUUCUUUAUUCGUUGACACAUAAGGAACCUGAGUUUUAUGAAUGCCUCCCAUGCGAUGGAAGGACCUCUGACCUUCAAUUUCACUUACUAUCCAGCAAGGAAACGUUACGUGUUUUCAAUAAUGUUGAGCCUUCUGACAGAAAUCCAAUCCAUUUCGAACUGAGUGCUGAAAGCCAAGAUGUAGAAACAGAGUUUUUCAGCAAGAUUUCCAAGGAUAUUUCCAUUAAAAGGUCUUCCCAAAAAUUACCUCCUGGGAAAAUAUCAAUAAAUGAUCAUGACUCUGGUGUUGAAGAUGAAGAUUUUUCUCCAAGACCAAUUCCUAGUCCUCAUCCAGUGAGUCAGAAGAUUUCUAAGAUCCAACCAUCAGUUCCUGAACUUUCUCUUGUGUUGGAUGGCAAUUACAUAGAGUCUAAUCACCUGUCUAAUCCAUUGAAAAUGCCAAACACUGAAAAUCUUCCCUUGCUGGUGAACCACUCUGAACACUUGAAGCCAUUGCAACCUGAGCUUUAUGAUGAGAAACAUGGCCCAGAAGUUGAAGCUGGAGAGCCUUCGUUGAAAGGGAUUCCCAAUCAGUUAAACCAGGGCAUUGCUUGUUUGAGACAUUGCCAAGUAAGAGACUCAUCUCCCUAUAUGAAAGGAAACCCCUAUUUCAGGAACAACAGUACCAAACCAUCUUCUCACACUGUGCUACCUCCUGAUAUAUCUGAGAAGCUUCAAGCAGUUUCUACUGGGAAUAUACAAAAAGAAGACUAUCCCGGAAGAGCAUCCACAUUUAAUUCUAGGCAGUCUUCUCUUGCCCCACAGUCUCACCCACACAAUUUUAUGUUCUCACCACCUAAUUCAGGAAGACCAAUGGAACUUCAGAUACCUUCUCCCUCCCUACCAUCUUUCUAUCCCACAAAUGUUUGCAGUUGCUGUCAGCAUCAUGGCCAUGUUCAGUACAGUACAAUCAAUUCUUGGCAAGGAAUAAAUACAGCAGGAUCUAUUCAAGACCUCCAGUCUGCAGCCCUUCAAAAGCAUUCUUUAUUUCACCCAACUGGAGGUCCAGCUCUGUACCACAAUGCAGUCUAUUCUUCAAGUAGUCCUAUCACCUCAAGACCUCAAGGAAGCAUGGGCAUUUGUUCUCCUCACAACAAUGUAGAACCAUCUCCAGUGGCAGGACCUCCACAUGUGGACUCAUGUAACCCACAGCCUUGUCCAGUAUGCAUGCACACACCCAAGACUGGUUCGGAUAAUGGAAUGAUGGGGCUAUCACCAGAUGCAUAUCGGUUUGUCACAGAGCAAGACAGACAGCUGAGACUACUUCAGGCCCAGAUUCAGCGUUUAUUGGAAGCACAGUCUCUGAAGGCUGGCUCUUCUAAGACAGCUGCUGGUGAAGAUGCAAGACAAGUCGAGCUGGUAUCCAUGGAAACACCCUCUGACUCACCUGGCAUAAACUUGAGAAAAAGUGUAAGCAUUGCUGUGAGCACAGGUGCUAGCUUAUUUUGGAAUGCAGCAGAUGAUGGUCAAGAGCCUGACUCUCGGCUGAAGCAAGAUGAUACCAAGAUUUCCAGUGAGGAUAUGAAUUUUUCUGUUGAUAUUAUUAAUGAAGAUACAAAUCUUCCAGAUAAUGCAUCUUCACUAAAAGCAGUUGACAUUCCCAGUUUUGAAGAGAGCAAUGUUGCUAUAGAAGAAGAACUUAAUGAGCCACUUUCUGAAUCCAAUUCUCAGGGUCAAGUGAACCACUUACUAAGUAACUCCUCAAAUGAAAAUGAGCAGCCAUCUCCUAAAGCAGUGGUUAUCAGCCAUGAAUGUACCAAAACCCCAAAUGUUUAUCAUGCAAAGAAAAACAAUCACAAUUCAGGAUUGGUGGACAAAGAUUGUGUUCUUAAUGCAACUCUUAAACAACUAAGAAGCCUGGGAGUAAAAAUUGAUUCUCCUACUAAAGUGAAGAAAAAUGCACAUAAAGUAGAUCAUGCCAGUGUGCUGGCAUGCAUCAGCCCAGAAGCAGUGAUCUCUGGAUUAAACUACAUGUCAUUUGCUAAUGUUGGCAUGAGUGGUGUAAGCCCCACUGGGGUGGAUUUGAGCAUGGAGGCAAAUGCUAUAGCUCUGAAAUAUUUAAAUGAAAAUCAGCUCUCACAACUGUCUCUCACUCGAUCAAACCCAAAUAACUGUGACUCAUCUUUUAGCCUUCUACACAUUAAUGCAGACAGAAGCACCGUGGGUCUUAGCUUAAUUUCACCAAACAACAUGUCAUUUGCAACAAAAAAAUACAUGAAGCGAUAUGGACUAAUACAAAGCAGUGACAAUAGUGAGGACGAAGAGGAGCCUUCCAACCACAUAGACAGCAAGGGCGACCAUUUAUCAGCUCAGAAUGCUGCAUCCAUACCUAUACAAAUUGGUUAUCAGAAAGACCCUCCUAGGAAUGCCCAUGAAAUACCUAAUUGUUAUGACUGUGAAUUCGAGGACACACACACAGUGUUGAGAAAUAUUACAAAUGAAGUUGUACGGCCAAAAGGAACACAGCAUUUAAAUGGAAACCCAGCUUUCUUGUUAAAGAACCUUAAACUAAGCCCUGCAGUGAACUUACGAUCUGGAAAAGCAGAGUUUACUCAACAUCCUGAGAAAGAAAAUGAAAAGGACCGUCUUGUUUUUCCUGAAAGCUUGCAACCCUCUGAAACUUUGAAGCAAAUGAAUAGCAUAAAUUCAGUAGGCACCUUUUUAGAUGUAAAGCGUCUUAGGCAGUUGCCAAAAUUAUUUUAAAUCUUUGACUCCUCCCUACUGAUGAGGAUUGGAUAUCUCUAUACCUGAAGACAAAGCCUUUGUAGCUUGGGGAUCCCUAAUCAUUGAAGGAGUCCAUCUGUUCUUGGCAGCAGUCAACUACAAAUUGCUGAACAAGUGACUUGAUGUAGGAUGACUGGCUUAUAGGAAAGCCAAGUUCUUGUUCAAGUAGGGCUUUUCAGCAUCAUUGAAACCUGAAAAAAAAAUAAAAGCUCUCAAGAUCAGUUAUUUAAGCAUAUGAAGGUAAACAGAUGCUACUCAGCUCUUAGUCUGAAUCUGAAGUAUUAUUUUAUGCUAUGUUUUAAGAAGUCUGCUUUGCUAGCUUCUUGCAUCUCUGGAUCUACCCUGUACCAGUAACACAACACCAAGUUAUCAUGAUCUCAGCUGAAUUAGCAAAAUCAAUCCUUCUUGAGUGUAAGGGGAAAGUUAUUUUUUAAAAUAACUUGAGACCUUGAUGGAAGUGUUUCCUCUUAAUUAGGAUGUGUAGUGUUAAACUCUGUGGAAAUAAAAUUUUUUCAGUCUGGUGUGUUGAUGUUAAUGUAACAUCUUGAACCUAUAGCACUAACUGUCACAGAAUAGGAAAAUAAUUGAAUUCAAGUACCUUUUGUAAAUGUUUUUUCAAAUGUCUUAUUUUUUUAAUA